GAGGGAAAGAAGUGGAUCCUAAUUAUCUAUUAAUUGUCUAAUGUCUUACCCAUUAUUAAUCAAUUAAUUAAUUAAUUUAAUUUGGGGAAUAGAAAGGCGUGUGAAAUGAAUAAUUAUUUGCUUCAUUGGGGAAUGAAAUUAAACUUAAAUUAAAUAUUAUUAGGGACAUGAAAACUAGGGUAAGAAAAGAUCUAAGAAGAUAUUAUAUUUAAAUUAGUAGAUCUCAUUAAUUUAAUCCAAAAUGGGAAACCAAAGAAAGAAAGAGAUGAUGAAGACGAAGCGAAUCCACACAACACCCUUUACUCAAUUAAUUCAUAAUGGAAUUAAAAAACCAACAAACCACAUCUUCACCUGACCAUCACCUUCCUUUUCAAUAUUCCCUCAGACGACCCAGAACAGAUCCUCCUCCUCCUCCUCCUCCUCUCAAUCCAGAUCCCGCCCCCGCUUCCCCACCCUCCACUCCGGUUCGAUACAGUCAAUGCUUGAAGAACCACGCCGUGAAGACCGGUGGCCAUGUCCUCGAUGGCUGUGGCGAGUUUAUGCCUAGUGGGGAAGAUGGUACUCCUGAUAGCUUCAAGUGCGCCGCCUGCGAAUGCCACCGGAGUUUCCACCGGAGAGUAUUGGAAGAAGAGGAUGUCACCAACAACACCUCCCGGCUUCACAUCCUUACUUCCGCGGCACCGCCAUAUACUUCCCAAUUCAAUAAUGGAAACAAUAAUAAUAACCAGUACCCUCGGAGGACUCGUGUUGCUCCGGUGAUGAUGACGUUCGGGGGUUCAACGGAAGCCCCAGCAGAGUCGUCAAGCGACGGUGCAGAAGCAUCGGGGAGGCAGCAGAAGAAGCGGUCUAGGACGAAGUUCAGCGGAGAACAAAAGGGGAAGAUGAUGGAGUUGGCGAACAAGCUCGGGUGGAAGAUUCAGAAGGAUGAUGAGGAAGAAGUGCUUAAAUUUUGCAAUGAAAUUGGGGUAAAAAGACAAAAUUUUAAGGUAUGGAUGCACAACAACAAACAACCACCUACCAACAACAACAACAAUUCAUCAGGAUAAAUUAACUUUAUUUAUAUAUAUUCAUAUGUAUUAUUGCAAUAUUAACAAAAUUCUAUUAUGGAAAAUACUGCUAAAUUAGCAUUAUUUAAUUUAAAAGUUAAUUGAUGGUUUUGAAAUAA